CGGUAGUGCUUAUCUUUUAUUUGUUUUUAUAGCCGAGAGCUCAUAGCUUACUAGCUCGCGGUGGGACCAGUGCCUAAAGGCACACCAGGGAGUGGAACUACGAGUACGUACUCUCUUGGAAUUUCUUGAUACUGAUGUCUGCUCGAGAACACACAGUUGCCGUGGCCGAAAUCAGUCAUUACUGCAUCAUCAUGAUGUCGUUAACAAAAUUUCGUACUUAUUUGCGUCCUUAAGUUUCAGUUGUCGUGCAUGAUCCAAUCUUUUCAUACUUACAUGUUCACUGUUCAGUCAUAAUGACGCGGCACCUUUCCCGCCCAUCGUUUCUAUGGUGCUCAUAACCAUAACAAACACAGGGCUUCAUUCUCGAUUCAGCAGUUGACAUACAAACUGACAUCAAUAAUACAUUUGAUCAUGUGCACUCUUUCUUCAUAGAGUUCAACCUCAUGAGCGUGAGCGCGAAGUACUGAUAGCAGAUAGUUUGUUAUUGUACAGACAUUAUAUUUAUGUUUCCGAAUUCUAGUAAAGUACUAACUGUGCCUAUAAUUUCAGGUGAUUGUGGCAUAAAUCAGUUGCUAUUCAUUAAUCCCCUGGUCAGCGUUGCGUUGCCAUUUUUCUAAGUUACCAUAUAUAAUAGCUUCCAUGUAACGUUAGUUUACAGCUCGCCUGGUACGGUCGCUGAAAGACCUUUGAAUAAACAAUAAACUGUAGUCAUUUCAAACUUCGUUGGAAUAUUUUUGCGAUUGGUGGCUUUGGAGCAGUUCAAAAAUUGUUUUUUAAUAGAAAGUUCAUCGUGAAAUUAGUUAAACUGGGGCAGUGUAUGGACAAAGACGUUGCGGCAAAAAUUCAAUCAGCAAAUGUUUUUUCCAUUAGGAUUUACUCCGCGAGUAAUUGAAAGGAAGAACUACGAGGAUCAAAAUGAGGAUUUUCACAUUUUUUACAAUUUUCCUUGUAAUUUACAUCAAUGGCACCGCAGCAGCCCGAUCCAGAAUGCCAGCUCGGCCGAUAAAGCUAUACUACUUGCCGCCGUCCCCGCCUUGUCGAGCGGUCAUGCUGCUUGCCAGGGUCAUGGGCCUGGAGCUCGACCUGGUGCUUACUAACAUCAUGGAGGGGCAACAUAUGACUCCCGAGUUUUUAAAGAUGAACCCACAACACACAAUACCAACGAUGGAUGACAAUGGAUUCAUAUUAUGGGAAAGUCGAGCAAUAAUGGCAUACUUGGUGAACGCAUAUGGGCGUGACGACACCCUGUACCCGAAAAAUCCUCGGCUCCGAGCGACUGUCGACAGCCGACUGAACUUUGACCAGGGGACACUCUUUCUUCGCUACUAUAAUUUAUAUAUGCCUAUGAUAUUCCAAGGCGAGGAAUAUAACGAAGAAAAUGCGGCCAAAUUAGACGAAGCACUGGGGUGGCUGAACUCCUUCCUAGAUGGACGAGCCUUCGUCGCCGGCGACAAUAUGACUAUCGCCGACAUCACUAUGGUGGUCACUUUGACUAAUAUGGAUGCAUUCGGUUACGACUUCAGUGCCCACGAGAACGUGACGAAAUGGUUCGAAAGAAUGAAGAAGUCUUUGGAGCCCUACGGAUAUAAAGAUAUAGACGUAACAGGUUCAAAAAUACUAGCCUCUUUCUUAAAGAAAGAUUAAAUUAUCGCACAAAAAAGUACGGUAGACCAAAAAGUACAUUUUUUAAAUUAAGUAUUGUUAGAUUUUGGUAUUCAAAUUAAAAUUUAAUUAGAAGGAUCAAUUUUAUAAGAUAAACAGUGUAUACCGUGGAAGAGCGGUGCUCUCUUAGCACAAGUGUUUCCUCACUUAAAAAGAGGCACCAGCGCAGAUACUUUGUAAAACAUUUGUUGAUACAGAAUAAAACAUUUUUAUUUUAUUUUAUUAUAUUAUUAUAAUUGUUUGUACAACGCUUGCCUACGUCGUUAUGUUUAUUGUUACAGAAGAGUGAACAUCAGAAAUGUUAUGUUAGGUAUAUUAAGUUAUACUGAAAGAAAAAUUGCUCUCUAAUUUUAUUGUUCUAACUUACUAUCGAAUACCUUAGCACAAAUUAUUAAUAGGACACCUGGCUAUUGUUAAUUUAUAUAAUUAUUAAUUUAUUACAAUUAGAAUAAGUACCUAUAACAAAGUUAUUUAGCACAAUUAUCACAUUGCAAAUAAACACACCGACAUUUCCCAAUUCGAACUUUAAGAGUACGAUCUGUACUUAUGGUAUUAUGUCAGUGUUAUAUUGACGAUUUUGUUUGAAGAAACGUCAUUUUUGACACUAACGUAAUAUAUGAUCCGUAUCGUAUUUAGACUAAAAUUAUUAUUUAAAGUAUGUACAUAUCUUAAAGUUCGAAUAGAACAUAGAACACAUCUGUAACACCAGAAGCCAAUCAAAAUACACACAAUGUUAAAAAGUACAAUUCGCAUUUUGUUAGUUACGUUUACCUGAAAAAAAAACUACACAUAUGCAAUAUUG